GCUCUUCCGCCUUCUGUCUGCGCCGCUCUCAUCCUCUUUCGCACCGCUGCCAGCCUCUCUCGCACUGCCCUCUUGCUCCAUCUCAUCGCCCGCCCCUUUCUGUUGAUCGCGCCGUACGGCCUAUACUCCCCGCCGUACUCACGCCCACCCUCAAACAUCGCCAAGUCUCGUCCAAGUACACGUUCAUCCCUGCCCCUGCCCUUCUUGCCGUGCCCGUUGUCCAUCACAGUCGCAUGUCGGCGCCCACCGCGACGUCUCCAUGCGCUGAGCGAGCCCUCUCCUGCCCCACUACAACCAGUCUCCCGCCCUUCCAGCCCGUGCGCGUGCCCGCCCCUCUGACUACGUAUGCCUCCCUUCCCUUCGCUCCCCCUCCUUCCCUCACCCUCUCCUCUCUCUACCUCCCCCACUCCACCCUUCGAGCGAUGACCAAGAGGUCGGGAGCGUGCCCAAGGGCGAAUAAGCGCGGCUGUUGCGAAGUUGAUAUGCGGCGGGAGGGAGUAAAAGGGAAUUCAGUGCGCAUAUACUUACCUCUAGAAUUCGACUCAGCUCGCGCAUAUAUCUGUAGAAUUCAACUCAAUACGCGCCUAUAUCACCUAUAUGCAUCCCUACGCGCUUCGAAACAACGCGCAUCUGCCCAUCUACCUAUUUACUUGUCUGCUUAGUCUUCUUUUACCUCCCUCCACCCUCCCUUCUCACCCUCCCCCUCCCUUCUCACCCU